UAGAAUAAGAGCCCAUACGUGUCACGUAUUUGUUGGGCGAGAAAAAAUUAGAAGAAGGAAAAAAAUUUCUUUCUUUCCUCUCUGUCUUUCUCUCUCGAUCGAAGUCUGACAAAGGAAGAAAUCAAACGCUAUGGAAUCAGAGGAGAUCCAAAGCGGAGGAGAUUGAAUCUGGAGAGGCCAAUCGGAGGAUAUUAAAUCGGUUGGAAAGGAAGGAGAUUGAACUGGAAUUGGGUCUUGUUCCCGGAUUGAAUCCUGGUCAGUAUGAGGAACAAAUGAACCGUGGAGCUGGGUCUUGUUCCCGGAUUGAAUCCUGGUCAUACUCAAGCUUGUCGUUGUCAUCUUUGCUUUGGUUUCUAAAGACCUGAAUCGAGCAAUCUCGUUGUAUUGGGCUGCAAUUAAAGCUGGAGAUCGAGUUGAUAGUGCACUGAAAGACAUGGCUCUAGUUAUGAACCAGUUGGAUCGAACCAAUGAAGGAAUCGAAGCUAUCAAGUCUUAUUGAUAUCUCUGCUCUUUUGAAUCCCAAGAUUCCAUGGAUAACUUGUUACUUGAUCUCUACAAGAAGUCAGGGAGGAUUCAAGAGGAAGCAGAGUUGCUUGAACACAAACUGAAAACACUAGAGCAACAAGACACGCACAAUGGUGGUAGGAUCAUAGCUGUGAAAAGAAGCUACCGGAAGCAGAACAACAAGACUAUUGAGCAAGAGAAAGCGCAGAUUCUAGGGAACUUAGCUUGGGUUCACUUACCGCUUCAUAACUAUGCAAUUGCAGAGCAGUAUUACAGGAAUGCUUUGUCUUUGGAACCUGACAAUAACAAGCUGUGCAAUCUUGCGGUCUGUUUGAUACGUAUAGAUAGAAUCUUGGAAGCUAAAUCUCUGCUUGAGGAUGUAAGACAGUCUCUAGGAAAUCAAUGGAGCAACGAAUCAUUUUGGAAGUCUUUUGAACGGGAUACUGAUAUGUUAGCAGAAAGAGAAGGGGCCACAGUAGCGGAUAAUCCAGAAGAAUUGUUGAGAAGUAGCUCUGCAGAUAACAUCUCUUCAGGGAAAGUAAACGAACCAAAAGAGAUGGAUCGGUGGAUCAACCAUUGAAAUUCUCAUACUCAAGCUUGUCGUUGUCAUCUUUUUGUUGUUGUUCUCUUUCUUUUUUCUGCAUACUCUCUAUGUUUUUCAUGAAUUUCUCAUUUUU